AGGAGCCGCGGGCGCAGCGGGCAGCGGGGUCCGGAGGACGGCGGGCGCGGGGCCAGGGCGCACGGCCAGCCAGCCCCGGUCGCCGGCGUCGGGCGCCGCAGAGCCGGGAGGGGCGCCGCGCCCGCCGCAGCCUGCAGCCUUCCCGGGGUCCGGGGGCGCCCAUGACGGCGGCGGCGACGGUGCUGCGCGAGGGCGUGCUGGAGAAGCGCAGCGGCGGGCUGCUGCAGCUGUGGAAGCGGAAGCGCUGCGUGCUCACCGAGCGCGGGCUGCAGCUCUUCGAGCCCAAGGGCGCGGGCGGCCGGCCCAAGGAGCUCAGCUUCGCGCGCAUCAAGGCCGUGGAGUGCGUGGAGAGCACCGGGCGCCACAUCUACUUCACGCUGGUGACCGAGGGCGGCGGCGAGAUCGACUUCCGCUGCCCCCUCGAGGAUCCUGGCUGGAACGCCCAGAUCACCCUGGGCCUGGUCAAGUUCAAGAACCAGCAGGCCAUCCAGACCGUGCGCGCUCGGCAGAGCCUCGGGGCCGGGACCCUCGUGUCCUGAACGGCCCGGCUUGCCAUCUGCCUACGUGCGCCCCACCGACGCGGCGAGCAGAGGUCAUGUCAGCUUCCCUGCUCUUUGGGCUCAGCGGGGCGCGACUGUGCUGCCCCAGGCAAGGCCGAGCCGUGGAUUUGUGGAGGAGGCACUGGAGCUGAAGGAAUGGAUGGGCCCAGGAGGAGGGCAGCAGGCCACACGGGGCUGAGGAUGAAGUUUCAGCCCCUGAACGCUCUGAGACUCGCAGGACAUACGUGACUCAUACAUCAGGAUGCACAGCCGGCAGCGCAGCCCCUGCCCCAGGGCCCUGCCAUCUGCUCUGCAGACUGCUUUUAGUCCUUGCUUGGUGCCAUGCCUGGAGGAGGGUGGUCCCCCCGGGGCGCCAAGCCACCACCUCGGGACUCGGGAGGCCAGCCUGGUACCCAGAGGAGGAACUGCCUUGGCGUCGCCUCUGGACUCACUUUGGGGGGUUGGGGUGGGGGGCUGAUGGGUCUGUGGCCCACCUUUCGGGGGGGGUCUCCUGCUGCUUAGGUCCUUUUGGGACCCCCACCCAUCCAGGCCCUCUCUUUGCACACUGCUUCCCUCCUGCCCGUCUUCGGCCCACUGCGGUGCUAGGCCUGGAGUGGGUGGGGGUGGGGGUGGGGGUUUGGCCAUUAGCAUUUCAUGCCCAUCCCCAAAUGAAGAUGCCCUGCCCAGGGCAGUGAUCACACUGUUUGCUGAGUAAAAUUCUUUGCCCACAAAGA